CGUACUGAAAUGCAUAAGGUCUAUUGUAAAUUUUUGGUUGGACUAUUAUAUUAUUCUCACUGAAAUUGACAAUUCAUUCUUGAUAAAGUUGAGCAACCUGCCACAUGCGUAUUCGUUCAGUUCUCUGCUGUGCCGUAAAUUCAUUCCUCAAAAUGCCGACCACGAAAGGAAAGAAAUGGGUGCUGAAGCAACACUUCCAGGGCAUGCCUAAGCGAAGCGACAUGGACCUGGUGGAGUUCGAUCUUCCAGCAGUCACAGACGGGACCGUUUUGUUGGAAGCUGUGUACCUCAGCGUGGAUCCUUAUAUGAGACCGUACACCGCAAGAUUCCCAGUUGGAAUUACCAUGAUCGGAGAGCAGAUUGCAAGGGUUAUUGAAAGCAAGAAUGACAAGUUCCCCGUUGGGACCAAUGUUUGCACACGUGCUGGCUGGGUGACACACUCCGUCUCAGACGGGGAGGGGCUGAUAAAGAUCCCGCCUUAUCCAGCAGGUGUUCCGCUCUCUCUCGCAUUGGGUACCAUCGGAAUGCCUGGGUUUACAGCUAACUACGGCCUUGUGGAUAUUUGCAAUCCCAAAGCGGGCGAGGUUGUUGUAGUCAGCGGUGCGGCCGGCGCAGUCGGUUCCGUAGUCGGACAAAUCGCUAAAAUACUGGGCUGCAAAGUGAUUGGUUAUGCCGGUUCUGACGCGAAGGUAGCUUGGCUGAAGGAACUUGGUUUCGAUGAAGCAUUUAACUACAAGACGGUGGACCUUGACGCAACAUUAAAGUCGGCUGCACCAAAUGGUGUGGACUGCUACUUCGAUAACGUCGGUGGGCAGUUUGCGACCACCGUUCUGAACAACAUGGCUCGUUUUGGACGCAUCGCAUGCUGUGGCGCUAUUUCCACCUACAACGAUACAGUUCCUGCGAAAUUUCCGGCCGUCCAUGGCACUAUUAUAUCCAAGGAACUGAAGAUGCAAGGCUUCAGCAUGUCAACGCACGCAAACCGCUGGCCGGAAUGGAUGAAGCAACAUAUCGGAUGGGUUAAAGAGGGGAAGCUGAAGUACAGUGAGCACGUGACUGAUGGAUUUGAGAACAUGUUUGAUGCUUUUAUGGGUCUUUUUACUGGAGCAAACACCGGAAAAGCCGUCGUUAAAGUUUAAUCUAUUCUCGUGUGUUACUUUGAGAGUCCGUUGUGGUGCAAAAACACCGCCAUGUUUGUGUUUGUAGCGCCCUCUGCUGGUGAAAGGUGUCAAGAAUCAUGCUUGUAGGUUUGACUAUUGUCAUUCAGAUAAAAUAAGUUAUCUCAUUUUUCGAAGAAAAAAAAAUGUGCACUUUAUCGAUCAACUUGGAACUUGGGUUUUCAUUAACACGUAAAGAGACGAAAGAAUCUGGACGCUAGGUGACAACAGAUUACUGUGCGCUAUCAACAGACAAAUCAGUUAUAAUCACAGAGACAUACUGUGGUUAUAAUUAUACCUUUUAGAAACUACCCAUUGCGCAAGCGUUAACUGUUUUUGAGAAAGAGGUAACAUCUCACUCAAUUAUUAAAAGGCUAUAGUCUU